AAUACGACACCUGCUCACCAGAUUUACCUGCUGGGCGUCAACAUACCCGGGAAAGUAGCUGUAUGAGGAUAAGCUAAAAACAAGCAGAAUCUCCGGCCACUCGCUCCAGCAGUCAAGUCAACACAGCUACCUCCGCUGUACUUCUUUCCACUCGCACUCCGCACCGUUUCUGCUUUUACUAGUAUUUCUCGUUUUACUUGCUCAAAAGUCUAAGCAAGACUCAUCACUGCCAGCCCCGCAUGAUAAAACCAUUAAUCAUCGAACCCAUUCGUGUAACAGAGAAGAAAGGCCUCCUGAAACUGGCAAAGUUUCCGGCUAUAACUGGCCCUUUUUAAGUGAGGAUCGCGUGUACGAUCAUUGGCCUCAUAGGUGACUGAACACAAGCCAAGAAUGGCUAACAAGUUGAUGCUGCUGAUUUUUGUUGUGGGUUUUGCUUUGUGCGUGGAAUCAAAGUAUAUGGUCUACAAUACCGGUGCCAAAAUUGUGCCUGACAAGCUUAAUGUUCAUUUAGUUCCUCAUUCUCAUGAUGAUGUUGGAUGGCUCAAAACUGUUGAUCAGUACUAUGUUGGUUCCAAUAAUUCAAUACAGGGUGCUUGCGUGCAAAAUGUGCUGGAUUCUCUCAUUCCGGCAUUACUGGCGGAUGAGAAUCGAAAAUUCAUUUAUGUUGAACAGGCCUUCUUCCAGAGAUGGUGGAGGGAUCAGAGUCCUGCAACGCAGAAGAUAGUCAGGCAACUAGUCGAUGCCGGCCAACUAGAGUUCAUAAAUGGGGGCUGGUGUAUGCAUGAUGAGGCAGCAACUCAUUACAUUGACAUGAUAGAUCAGACAACAUUAGGUCACAGAUACAUCAAGGAGCAGUUCAAUGUGACUCCAAGAAUUGGUUGGCAGAUUGAUCCAUUUGGACAUUCUGCUGUUCAGGCCUACCUUUUGGGGGCAGAGCUUGGAUUUGACUCUUUUUUCUUUGGACGCAUUGACUAUCAAGACAGAGCAAAACGGAAAGCUGAGAAGGCUCUUGAAGUUGUCUGGCAGGGUUCUAAGAGUUUGGGUUCUUCAGCACAGAUAUUUGCUGGUGCUUUCCCAGAGAAUUAUGAACCCCCAAGUGGUUUUUACUUUGAAGUAAAUGAUGAUUCUGAUAUCGUGCAGGAUGAUAUGAAUUUGUUUGAUUACAAUGUUCAAGAUCGUGUGAAUGAUUUUGUUGCUGCUGCUUUUUCACAGGCUAAUAUUACUCGAACAAAUCAUGUCAUGUGGACCAUGGGAACAGAUUUCAAGUAUCAGUAUGCUCGGACAUGGUUUCGGAACAUGGACAAGCUCAUUCAUUAUGUGAAUGAAGAUGGCCGCGUCAAUGCAUUAUAUUCAACACCAUCAAUUUAUACUGAGGCAAAAUAUGCUUCUAAGGAGUCCUGGCCUCUUAAAACUGAUGAUUAUUUCCCAUAUGCAGACCGCAUUAAUGCUUAUUGGACUGGAUAUUUUACCAGCAGACCUGCAAUUAAACACUAUGUUAGAAUCUUGAGUGGGUACUAUUUGGCAGCUAGGCAACUCGAAUUUUUCAAAGGAAGAAAUGAAGCUGGACCAAGCACUGACUCAUUGGGUGAUGCAUUAGGGAUUGCUCAACAUCAUGAUGCUGUCACUGGAACAGAACAGCAACAUGUGGCAAAUGACUAUGCCAAACGUCUAUCAAUAGGUUACAAUGAGGCUGAAGAUGUAAUUUCUACUUCACUCGCUUAUAUAGCACAAUCAUCAUCAGAGUCUGGACUUAAAUUACAACAGUGUCCACUUCUGAACAUAAGUUAUUGUCCUCCAUCUGAAGUUAAUUUAUCUCCUGGGAAAAAAUUAGUGGUCAUGAUCUAUAACUCCUUGGGGUGGAAAAGAUCUGAGAUUGUGAAAAUUCCCGUUGUCAGUGCGAAUGUCAUUGUUCAAGAUUCCACUGGAAAAGAAAUCGAAUCACAGAUCCUUCCUGUAGUUGAUGCUGCAAUGGCCCUACGGGAAUUUUAUGCAACUGCAAAUGUUGGAAAAUCCCCUGUAGGAGGCCCCCUAUAUUGGCUUGCUUUUAAAGCGGAGGUUCCUCCUCUAGGCUUUAGCACAUACACUGUCAGUAGUGGUAAAAGAGCAGCUACUACUUCAGUAAGGGAGAAGUUCUACAGAUCUGAUGGGAAUCAAAAUGAUGCUAUUGAAGUAGGGCCUGGGAAUUUGAAGCUUGUAUACUCUGGAAGUGAUGGAAAACUGACUGGAUAUAUUAAUGGCAAAAACAUGGUCAAGUCCUCUCUAGAGCAAUCUUAUAGUUAUUAUGUUGGAGAUGAUGGUACUAAGGAUGUUGCACCUGUGGUGGCUCAGGCUUCUGGAGCAUAUGUUUUCCGGCCUAACUCCACAUUUCCCAUCCAGUCUCAAGAAAAGAUACCAAUUACAGUUCUUAGGGGACCGCUCUUUGAUGAAGUUCAUCAGAAUGUAAAUUCGUGGAUAUAUCAGAUUACACGAGUCUACAAGGAAAAGCAGCAUGCUGAGGUUGAGUUCAUUGUUGGCCCCAUACCCAUUAAUGAUGGACUCGGCAAAGAGGUUGUAACACAACUUACCACCACCAUCAAGAACAAUAAAACAUUCUAUACGGAUUCUAACGGUCGAGAUUUCCUUGAACGGGUUUGUUACAUAAUCCUUUUCUUGUGCAUCAAGUUUUAUUUCCCCCAAAUUCGGGACUACAGAUCUGACUGGAACCUUCAAGUGAACCAGCCUGUGGCAGGAAACUAUUACCCAAUCAAUCUUGGAAUUUAUAUGAAAGAUAAGGACACCGAGUUCUCAAUCUUGGUUGAUAGAUCUGUUGGAGGAUCUAGCAUUUUUGAUGGGCAAUUGGAACUGAUGCUUCACAGGAGACUGCUUGUUGAUGAUAGUAGAGGCGUUGCAGAGGCAUUAAAUGAAACAGUCUGUAUUCCUAGUGCAUGCAAAGGGUUAACUGUUCAAGGCAAGUUCUAUUUUAGGAUUGAUCCACUUGGGGAGGGAGCUAAGUGGCGUCGAUCAUUUGGACAGGAGAUAUACUCUCCACUUCUUCUAGCCUUCAGCGAGCAGGACGGAGAUGAGAUGACCAAUUUUAAAGUUCCAACCUUUACAGGAAUUGAUCCUUCCUAUAGUUUACCUGAUAAUGUGGCAUUGAUAACUCUCCAGGAGCUUGCAAAUGGAGAAGUUUUAAUUCGCUUGGCUCAUUUAUACGAGGUUGGAGAAGACAAGGACCUAUCAGUACCAGCAAGGGUGGAGUUGAAAAAGUUAUUUCCCAAUAAACAGAUUAUUCAAAAUACCGAAACGAGCUUAUCUGCUAACCAGAAGAGGGAAGACAUGGAAAAGAAAAGACUAGUUUGGUCAGCAGAAGGUUCAAAUCAUAAAUCCCAAAGGGUUUCAAGAGGGGGACCUGUUGAUCCCAUUAAGUUGGUGGUCGAGCUAGCUCCAAUGGAAAUCCGCACCUUCUUGAUCAACUUCAGCAAAAAGUUGUCAACUCUGUGAACUGCAGCAAGGUACAAAAAAGCAUGAUGAUCAGAGUGUAUUCUAGUGUUUUGCUUCAAUAAAGACUGUUGGGAAAAUGUAUGGGAAUAAGCGGCAACCCAAGACUCUCUUGAAGUUUUGCUGGAAUCAGUCAGCAAUAAUGAAGCGAAGAGGCAAAUUGUGCUGCUGCUUUCUUUUUGGGUCUUUUGUUCCUUCUUUUGUGAAGUUGUCAUCAGAAUAAUAGCGCAUUAGGAAUAGGGUUAAUUCCACUUUGUCCCCUCAAACUUUGGGCGAUUACCCACUUCAGUCCCUUAACUUCAAAAUGGGACACUUAAAUCCCUAAACUUA